AGUUGCUAAAAAUACUUUCCUACUAGACAACUCGAUUCAGAAAUCUAAAAAUAACAUGAUGCCAGCGACUAGUAUUGUCAGGAUUAUAUAAAAUAAGGUUAAAAAAGCUUUUUAAAGUGUAAAUAAGGUUAAAAAAGCUUUUUAAAGUGUAAUUAUCUACAAAACGAAAUAAGAAAAAAUGGUUGACUUCGAAGAUAUGGCUUACAGAACCAAAUGUAGCGAAAGAACUCUACAAACGGAGGUUAAAGGAUUUUUUAUGGAUUUUGUGGAAUUAGUCAAAGAUCGAGCCGGUAAAACAUGGAUUCAAAACACUUUUGGCAUGCUUAAAUCCGACUCUGAAAGAAUAAGGAGUAUUUAUACUUCUGAUGAGACCAAAGAUGCAGUUAUUAGUAUAUUAUCUAACGUCCAAAAAAUCUAUAGAAAAAAAGAUGCUACAGUUUCUCAAUUGAAACGAUUAGAAGCAGACACAGCCCUCGAAAAGGGAGAGAUGAAUAAAGCAUUGAUGCUUUACAGUCAAAGUGUUCUUAGAGCUCCAAAAACUGGCCAAUGUAACAGUUUCGACUCAGGUCUCUCGUUAUCUCUUGCCCUAUGGGGGAGAUCUAAAGUAUUAAUGGUCAUGAAAGAGUAUUCAUUAGCUUUAAAUGAUAUUCAACAAGCUGUAAAAGAACAUCUUCCGAAUGUGUUUAAAGCCGAAGCUUAUUGGAAGAUGGCUGUGUGUUAUAAAGCAUUAAACGAGGGGCAGAAAGCUAAGGUCGCUUUUGAAUUAGCCGAAAGAUUAAUGGACAGCAAGGAAAAAAAAGAACAGCUACAACAAGAUAGAGAAACUGAAUUUAGGAGCAUUAAUAAGGGAACAAAAAAAGGCAAUACUAUACCUCACUGUGUGUCAAAUAAACUUACCGUUAAAAGCGAUAAGGAAUUAGGACGGUUUGUGGUUGCAAAUAAAGAAAUUCAAACUGGAGAAACGUUAGUUGUAGAAACUCCUUACGCAGCUUGCUUAUUACCAGACAAGUUUGGCACCCACUGCCAUCAUUGUUUGAACAGAUUACAAGCUCCAAUCGGUUGUUCAGACUGCUCCAACGUAGCCUUCUGCAAGCCUGCCUGUAGAGAUGUAGCACUUUCUUCCUACCAUUCUUAUGAAUGCAAAUAUUUAGACCUUCUUAUUGGUUCAGGUAUGAGUAUUUUGGCACAUACAGCUUUAAGAAUGGUAACACAACAAAAGUUGGAAAGUUGUUUGGAAAUUUAUAAGAAUAAAUCAGAGGAGAAAGUUUUCAGUUUAUGUACCAAUAGUGAUAAAAGAGAUAGCGAUGAUUUUUUUCAGAGAACUCUUAUGGCUGCGUUUUUACUCAGAUGUCUUCAGAAAUGUGGGUAUUUCGGUGCUCAAAAUGAUAGUGGAUUACCAACAGAAGAUGAACUUAAAGUAGGAGAAUUUUUACUAUUUAGUUUGCAAAUGUUACAGUUCAAUGCACACGAAAUAUUUGAACAAGUAACUGUACAAGAUUAUAGUAUAAAAGGUUCUAAAUUAUCUUACAUUGGAAUCGGUAUCUAUCCUACAGUAGCUUUUUUUAACCAUGAUUGUUACCCUGCUGUUACAAGAUAUUUCGUUGGAAAAGAUGUAGUAGUCAAAGCUGUAAGACUUCUUCAAACAAAUGACAUAGUUGCAGAAAACUAUGGUCCAAUAUUUCACAGAAAACCUUUAAAGGAUCGGCAAAAAAUUUUAUCUUCCCGAUAUUGGUUUCAGUGUAAGUGCGAAGCCUGUACACAUAAUUGGCCCACUAAAGAUGAAAUGGAAAAUAUAAAUCAAAGAGUAAGAUGUCCUACAAAAAAUUGUUCCAAUAUGUUCACUUUACCUGUUUCAACUUCAUUAACGAAUUGUACAAAAUGCAAUCACAAUAUUAAUUUGGAUGAAAAUAUUCGUUUACUAAAUUGGUGUGAAGAAGAAUAUCAAAAAGCUUUAGAAUAUUUAGAAAAUAAUAAACCUGAUAAAGUAGUGGAAAUCUUGUGCGCAGCUUUGGAUGUAUUUCAUAGAGUGUCGACCCCACCUCAUAAAUCAACACAGUUGGCGCAGGAAACUUUGCAGCUUUGUAUGGCGUCGUUUGGAAAUGUAUCAAAUACUUUAAAAAAACAAUAAAUUAUGUAAACAAUUUUUGUAUUUUAUUGUAAUUUAUGUAUUUUAUGUAAAAAAUUCGAAUU